CGGUCCCGGCGGCAGCCAGCCGCCGCCGAGCAGUCGGCUGAGUGCACCGGGCUGAGCCCCCGCCGCCGAGCAGCCGGCUCAGUGCUGCGGGCUGAGUCUCCGCAGCUGCGGGGCAACCAGCUCAGUGCGCCCAGCUCGCGGCCCCCCGGGGCCGCAGGAAGGAGCCGCGGGGACACGCGCGCGCAUUGCUCACUCGCAGCCGCGCGCCCCCAGCUGGCGCGUCCCAGGCGAGUUUGGCCCCGCGCUCCAGCCGCACCUGCCAGUCCACCCGCCGCGCUCCGCCCCGGCCCGGCCCAGGUCCCAGCCCCGGCCCCACCCGCCCCUCGCUCGCGGCUAGCUCGGCCCGGGAAGCCGCGGCGUCCCGGUAACUUGCAGGCGGUGGCGCAACUGGUCUCGGCGCCCGGCAGUGCCCGGCUCGGAUGAGGAAGCUGAGGCCUUGUAGAACUAAGACGUGACUGCAGGCUCACAACUCCAAACCUGGUGACUUUUCUUCUUUGGCAGCUGAUGCCUCUCAGCCCUGUGCCUGACGAGCCUUUCCUUAUCCUGCUUCGCCCCCAAAGGCCUUUCCAUAAGAGAGGAGCCUGGGAUGGAAAAUAGUCUUUAACGAUGAGUAGGUCAUCCAUCACGAUCAACUACAGAUGACUUUUCAUUUCAUUUACAAAGAUGUCGUCUGCCACCGAAAAUGGAGAUUCAGCACCUGGCAAACAGAGUGAAGAGAAAACCUAUAAAAAAACUGCUUCAUCUGCUAUCAAAGGUGCUAUUCAGCUGGGAAUAGGAUACACAGUGGGGAAUCUCACUUCCAAACCGGAUCGAGACGUUCUCAUGCAAGACUUUUAUGUGGUGGAGAGUGUGUUCCUUCCCAGUGAAGGGAGCAAUCUGACCCCAGCACAUCACUAUCCAGACUUCAGAUUCAAGACUUAUGCUCCGUUAGCGUUUCGAUAUUUCAGAGAACUUUUUGGCAUCAAGCCUGAUGAUUACUUGUACUCCAUCUGCAGUGAGCCUCUCAUAGAGCUGUCCAACCCUGGAGCCAGUGGGUCCUUGUUCUUUGUGACCAGCGAUGAUGAGUUUAUCAUCAAAACCGUUCAGCAUAAGGAAGCCGAGUUCCUUCAGAAACUGUUGCCAGGCUAUUACAUGAAUUUAAACCAGAACCCGAGGACGCUCCUGCCGAAGUUCUACGGGCUGUACUGCAUGCAGUCGGGGGGCAUCAACAUCCGCAUCGUGGUGAUGAACAAUGUCCUGCCGCGCUCCAUGCGCAUGCACGUCACCUACGACCUGAAAGGCUCCACCUACAAGCGCCGAGCAUCCCGCAAAGAGAGAGAGAAGUCCAACCCCACGUUCAAAGACCUGGAUUUCCUGCAGGACAUGCAUGAAGGACUGUAUUUUGAUACAGAAACGUACAACGCGCUCAUGAAGACGCUGCAGAGAGACUGCCGGGUAUUAGAGAGCUUCAAGAUCAUGGACUAUAGCCUCUUGCUUGGAAUCCAUAUCUUGGAUCAUUCCCUCAAAGAGAAAGAAGAAGAUACUUCGCAAAAUGUGCCUGAUGCUAAGAGGCCUGGGAUGCAGAAGGUCCUCUACUCAACCGCCAUGGAAUCCAUCCAGGGUCCAGGGAAAUCUGGGGAUGGGCUCAUCACAGAGAACCCAGACACAAUGGGAGGCAUCCCAGCAAAAAGCCACAAGGGUGAGAAGCUCUUGCUGUUCAUGGGAAUCAUUGACAUCCUGCAGUCCUACAGGUUAAUGAAGAAAUUAGAGCACUCCUGGAAAGCUCUUGUUUAUGAUGGGGACACGGUUUCAGUUCAUAGGCCAAGCUUCUAUGCAGACAGAUUUCUGAAGUUUAUGAAUUCCAGAGUUUUCAAGAAAAUUCAAGCUCUCAAGGCCUCCCCUUCUAAGAAACGGUGCAACUCCAUUGCUGCCCUGAAGGCGACCUCCCAAGAGAUCGUGUCCUCCAUUAGCCAGGAAUGGAAGGAUGAGAAGCGGGAUUUGCUAACCGAAGGACAAAGCUUUAGUAGCCUUGAUGAAGAAGCUCUGGGGGCCCGACACAGACCUGACCUGGUGCCUAGCACCCCAUCACUGUUUGAAGCUGCAUCCUUGGCAACCACAAUUUCAUCUUCCUCCUUAUACAUCAACGACCAUUACUCACAUGACAGGACAACUCUCUAUUCAAACAGUAAAGGGUUACCUUCCAGUUCAACCUUUACCUUGGAAGAGGGGACCAUAUACUUGACUUCAGAGCCAAACGCUGUGGAGAUACAAGACGACAAUGCCUCAGUGUUGGAUGUCUACUUAUAAGUGAAACAGUAACCACCUGAGCAGAUGGGAGUGGCAUGAACACACCACUGACUGAGAGAAAUUUCUCCAGGCCAGAAUCAUCUAUGGGAACUUGGUGGAGUCUCACUGCACCCAGAGUCAUAAUCAGCUCAACUCGGGAGUCUGCAAGAUGUCAGGGGAGCCUUGGACCACAUGAGCCCAAUCAGCAGAUGUGAUGUGAGAAAGACCACACUCGCCUGUCAUUUGCUGUUGCUUGCUGAACUGUGAAGACCUGCAUGAACUGUAUUUAAACUGCUUCCGGUCCCACUGCCAGUCCUCCGUCUUGGGACUCGGAAGUGCUCUUUUCCUAUUGACACUUGCAUUAUUUCAUUUUGCAUGCAUCCAGUAAUUCUACAGGAAUACCAUACACAAUCUGCUUCUCUAUUUUUUUAAAAAUCCAUCCAUGCAAAAUGGUCAAAUAAAGUAUAAAUUGCACUCUUUUUUGCAAAAUUACAAUCAUAGCCCAUGUCAUUAAAAGUUUAAAUUGGUUCCAUAUAAA